UGUUCCACUUCGCUUGCGCUUUCUGCUCGUCUUGGUUUGCAGUUGCAGCGGCACAGAAGCGAAGCUGCUAGCGACUGCAAAUGGCGGAGGCGGAGGCGCCGGCGGCGAGGCCGAGGCUGUACUCGUACUGGCGCAGUUCAUGCUCCCACCGCGUCCGAAUCGCACUCAACCUCAAAGGUGUGGAUUACGAGUACAAGGCGGUUAACCUCCUCAAGGGCGAGCAGUCUGACCCCGAGUUCAUCAAGCUUAAUCCUAUGAAGUUCGUCCCUGCGCUGGUCGACGGUGAUGCAGUAAUCGGUGACUCUUAUGCAAUAGCAUUGUAUUUGGAGGAUAAGUACCCUGAGCGUCCUCUUUUACCGCAAGACCUUAAAAAGAAGGCCUUGAAUAAUCAGAUAGCAAGCAUUGUGGGUUCUGGUAUUCAACCUCUUCACAAUCUCACCUUACUGAGGUUCAUUGAGCAAAAGGUUGGUACAGGGGAGAGCCUCCCAUGGACCCAACAACAGAUCAAUAAAGGUUUCACAGCUGUUGAGAACAUGAUAAAAGGCUGUGCUGGGAAGUACGCUACAGGAGAUGAAGUGCAACUGGCAGACGUAUUCCUUGCACCGCAGAUUUUUGCCGCAGUAACUCGCUUUCAGAUCGACAUGUCGAACUAUCCCACACUCGCGAGGCUCCACGAAGAGUAUAUGAAACACCCAGCAUUUCAAGCAGCGCUCCCUGACAGGCAGCCAGAUGCCCCUACCUCUGCCUAGAAACUGCAGCACAACGUAGGUUGGUGGUGAAUCAGUUGCUGUUACUACUUUGGACGAUGUCCUGCCCCGUUGCUUCGAGCUCUGUAACAAUAAGCAGGGAGCUUCCUGAGGAAAAUGCCAGAUAGCUGUAUUAUACUAAGUCUGUACUCUGUAGGCUUUCAGAGCCUGUAUCACAAUAAUGAAAUGCAGUAAUCGUUUAUGAUCAGUA